UGGGAUUGCCCCGCGACCCCUGGAAGAGCGGGGCUGUUUUGAGGUCCUCGCCUUAACUUGGGCCCAUUCCUGACUCUCCAGCAAUUUCCUUUCCAUUUUAUGCAGGAAAAAGUAGGUGACAGCGCCUACAGAAAAAUGGUUGCCAUUGAGGUUGGGGAUUCGUUGGGGAGGGGGACAGAACAGAUUUGGUCUUCUUUCACUCCUUUCGUUUCCAUAUUCCCUUGCCCCGCCUCCCCCCCUCCCUUUUCAGAGGUUCGAAAGAGGUGUGGUUUUUGCUGGGAAAAUGGCCGACCGCUGGGGUUGGGGGUGGGGGAAGGGAGGGCCAGUGUCGGCCAAGUCCUGAGAAGUGGGGGUAGUGUGAGAGACAAAAAGGUGGAAUCCGUAUGACAACUAGAACCCUGGAUUCGGAAAAGCGAGUGUUCUGUCCUCAGAGCUAUCCUUCUCUGCCGUGUCGCCAAUCUGCCUGUGGAUCUUCCAACUGCAGGCCAGUCCGUAGAGUGAGGCAGAACCCCAGGAGGAGGAAGAGGAGAAUUGUGCAGAACCAAGUUGCAGCACGCAGUGCACCUCGAGGCAAGAAAGAGGAGAGGUCCGGCUUUAUCUUCAGCAGCAGCUGAGCCUGCCAGCAGUAGCUGAAGACUCCGCUCCCCGCCGUGCGCACACUCCUCUGAGCAGGAAUAAGACGGCUCUGAGCCAGGGUUCAAAGAUUUGCACCAGCUGUUAAGAUGGGCCGCACUCGGGAUGCUGGCUGCGUGGCCGCGGGCGUGGUGAUUGGGGCUGGCGCCUGCUACUGCGUGUACAAACUGACUUGGGGAAGAGAUGAGAGUGAGAAAAUCUGGGACAACGACGACGAGGAGUGCAGUGAUAGGGCAGAAACUGUGGUCAGGACUGAGAAAGAAGAUAAGGCUAAGGCUGGGGCUGGGGCGGGAGCCACGCUUCAGGCUGACAUAGUGGGGAAGGCUGAGGUGGGCUUGGGAGUCAAGAGUGGUCCAGGUGUAAAGGCAGAGGCCCUUUUAAGGGCCCAGAGCGGGGGUGGCCUAGAGGCCAAGGCCAAAGCCCUUUUCAACGCCCUGAAGGAACAGGCAAGUGCAAAGGCAGGCAGAGGGAGCAGGGUAGGUGCCAGCUCUGGGACCAGGACUCUUGCAUCAAGUUUACCCUGCCCAGGAGGCAGGGGUGGAGGCUGCCAUCCAACUAGGAGCGGGGCCAGGACUGGGAGCAGGGCAAGUGGAAAACCUAAGGGAAAGGCCAAAAGCAAGGGCCCCAAGGCUCCAGCUGCAGCAGUGCCUAUCCGCAGGACCAAGUUCAACUUCCCCUAUAAAAUUGAUGAUAUUCUGGGUGCUACUGACCUUCAAAAGGUCCUUAACAUCCUGGAGAGAACAAAUGAUCCUUUUAUUCAAGAAGUAGCCUUGGUUACUCUUGGUAACAAUGCAGCAUAUUCAUUUAAUCAAAAUGCCAUUCGUGAAUUGGGUGGUGUCCCAAUUAUUGCAAAACUCAUAAAAACGAAAGACCCCAUUAUUAGGGAAAAGACUUAUAAUGCCCUUAAUAACUUGAGUGUAAAUGCUGAAAAUCAGGGCAAGAUUAAGACCUAUAUCGGUCAAGUGUGUGAUGAUACCAUGAUCUGUCGUUUAGACUCAGCUGUGCAGAUGGCUGGACUAAGACUCUUAACCAACAUGACUGUGACUAAUCAUUAUCAACAUUUGCUUUCCUAUUCUUUUCCAGACUUUUUUGCUUUGUUAUUCCUAGGAAAUCACUUCACCAAGAUACAGAUUAUGAAACUAAUUAUAAACUUCACUGAAAAUCCAGCCAUGACAAGAGAGCUGCUCAGUUGUAAAGUACCAUCAGAAUUGAUUUCCCUCUUUAAUAAAGAAUGGGAUAGAGAGAUUCUGCUUAAUAUCCUUACCAUAUUUGAGAAUAUAAAUGACAACAUAAAAAAUGAAGGGUUUGCAUCAUCCAGGAAGGAAUUCAGCAGAAAUUCCCUUUUUUUCUUAUUCAAAGAAUCUGGGGUGUGUGUUAAGAAAAUCAAAGCAUUAGCAAAUCACAAUGAUAUGGUAGUGAAAGUAAAAGUCCUAAAAGUAUUGACCAAACUCUAAUUAGGGGUCUGUCCCAAAUUGUAAUGUGGUAUUUUUUUAGUUUGCACUUGGGAACAAUAUAUUUUGCAAAUUCUUUGUUUUCACUGUGCUCACAUGGCAAAGGGAUCCUUUCAGCUGCCAUUUUGAAAUAAUAAAUAUCACAUAUUAUCAACAAUGAUGCUAGUUGUUCAGUCUGGUUUAGACUUAACCAUUUUAAGGAUGCCAGGUGACUAUUAAAGCUUGUACAAACAAAGCAUUUAUUGAUUUGAUCUUGCUACCUAGAUUGAGAUGUUUUUAUUCUUUACAUAAAUGACAGUGAACUAAUUAUACAUCAUAAAUAAGCUACACUUUUGUAUUGGUUUACAUUUGUUAAUCUAAGAGUUGUGUUUCAUCAAUAAAGUUGUGUUUUAAGCAGUAAAACAAA